AAUCUGUCAGACUCUUUACAUUGAGAUAAGUGUCUGGUUGCCGCUUCCCUCCGUGCGAAUUUGAUAUUGCAUUAGUAUUGAUAAAGCAAUGAAUUGUUAAUGUGCUGAGUAGAAACAAUGGCCGACAUCAACAAAGAAAACAUCAGGAAUGGGAUCCGGGAACAGAAAACGGAGUUCUCCCAUCACGGCUUCGGCUACCGGCACCAGCAGUGCGUGGUGCUGUUCCUGUCGGUGACGCUGGCCUACCUGAUCCGGUCGUGCCUGGGCGUGGCGCUGGUGGGCAUGACCUCCGCCUAUGACCUCUCGGACGUGGAACACGGCCACCACCACCUGCCCGAUGAGGUGCAUCUGCACACGCAGCUCGCCAGCUUCAAUGGGACUGCGGAGCCCGUGGAUAAUGCUACGAGGGAAGCGUUUCAGAUGAGUGGGGUGUUGAAUAGAAUGAUGAUAGUUAGACCGUUCCCAACAUUCGACUGGAGCAAGAAGGUGCAGGACGCGAUCCUGUCGGCCUUCUACUGGGGCUACAUGACGCUGCAGAUCCCGGCCGGCGUGCUGAGCCAGCGCUUCGGCUCGCGCUACCUGCUCGUCGGCUCCAUGCUCAUUAACAGCUUCAUCUUCCUCGUCUUGCCUUGGGCUGCUUAUUAUGGAGGCUGGAUAUGCACAAUGCUCUGUAGAUUCAUCCAAGGUCUCGGCCAAGCCUGCUUGCUGCCCUCCAUCCACUCAUUCUGCGGGAAGUGGGCGCCGCUCGAAGAGAGAGGAAGAAUGUCUGGACUAAUUUAUGGAGGUCAAGCCCUAGGCGUAGUCCUGGGUAUGUUAACCUCAGGGUUCAUAGCGUCGUCGGCGAUGGGCUGGCCGGGGCUGUUCCGUCUGUACGGCGCGGCGGGCAUGCUGCUGGCUGGACUGAUGUGGCUGGUGCUGGCCGACUCCCCCGCCAAACAUCCAAAGAUUUCCGCGGAGGAGCGAGCGUACAUUGAACAAGAACUCGUUGCCCCUAAGAAACGGUUGAAGGUCCCGUGGCGCGCGGUGCUGCGCAGCCCGGCCGUGUGGGCCACCGUGGCCGCGCACACGGGCUCCUGCUGGGGACAGCUCAUCCUCUACACCGAGGUGCCCGCCUUCAUGGACAAGGUCAUGGGAGUCAAUAUUAAAGCCAACGGGGUGCUGACGUCGCUGCCGUUCCUGUCGAUGUGGCUGGUGAACUUCCUGUACAGCUACAUCGCCGACAUGCUCAUCAAGAAGAACAUACUCAGCGUCACCAACGCCAGGAAACUAGCUAAUUCUUUUGGAUGCGUGUUGGCUGGAUUAGGAUUCAUUGUAAUCUGCUAUUUGCCGAAGAACAUCUAUUUCAUUGAACCUUGUUUGAUACUGAUCUGCACGUUCAAAAUGGCGAAUCAAAUGGGAUACCACGUGAUCAACAUAGACAUGAGCCCGAACUUCGCGGGCACGUUGAUCAGCAUCAGCAACUUCGUGGCCAACUCCGUGGGCUCCUUCGCGCCCGUCGUCACCGGCUUCAUACUCGUCGAUCCGACGGACCAGUACUACUGGCGCAUAGUGUUCCUGAUCUCGGCCACAUUCUACCUGGUGAGCAACCUGGUGUUCGUGGUGUUCGCCUCGGCGGAGCGCGUGCCGUGGAACGAGCCCCCGGGCGAGGCGGGGGGCGCGGGGGACGCGGGGGACGAGGCGGGGGAGGAAGUCCCCAUGAUGGAGAAGCAGACCAGUGUGCCGCCGAUGUGUUGAUGUGAUGGUUGAAGAUGUGGCGUAGUGUGACUAGUGUGAGGGUCAAUAAUGUUAGAUAGUGGAAUUAUAGAAUAGGUAGGGAAAUUACGUAAAAGGUAGUGACUUUACUAACAGUAACAAUUAUUUUAAUAAGCUGAUGGCUAAGUGAUGCUGUAAAUAAGAUUCAGUAGGCCAAUUCAUACUUAUUGACUUAGAUUGAUUAGAAUUAGAUAAAAUAUUUAUAUUUAAGUAAAGUAAUAGUCAUCAUAUUAUUAUGAGACUUUUUUCA